UGUUAUAAUUCAAAAUCCUAUCGUUUUUUUUCUGCAGUGAAAUGACUUCUGUGACAUUGAGUUCAGAAAUACAUCCCGAACUGACGGAGUAUGUAGUUAAAUUGAUGUUGAAAAACCGGAUCAACACGGUGUUCGAUUUUGCGAAAGCAGAAGAUGAUCGCUUGAUGCGCAUAACGAAUCUCUCGUACGAAGAUGUUAGUGCCAUCAAAAAAGAUAUAAUUUUGCAGUUUUCUGGAAACAGCAUUCAGGUUGUAGAAUAUUUUCAAUAUCUAGAAGAAAUGGUUGAACCACUAAGAACCGGCAUAAGAGGACUUGAUCUGUUGAUCGAAGGCGGACUGCUUCCUGGCCAUGUGAUGGAAAUAUGUGGGGAAUCAAGUUCUGGGAAGACUCAAAUGUGUACGACGAUGGCAGCAAAUAUUGCCCUCAAACAUAAGUUGGAUGUCUUUUAUGUAGAUACAAAAUGCGACUUUUCUGCUCAUAGGGUUCAAAAAGUUUUACAGCUGAAUAAGUGCUCUGAUGACGAGAUGAAAGAAGCUAUGGCAAGAAUCAAAGUUGAGCGGAUAUUUUCACCCGAGGGCUUGAUUUGUGCAAUGGAGGAUCUACUCGUUAAGGUGGAUGACUGGGAAAAAUUCAAAGUUCUGAUCAUAGAUUCUUUACCUCCGCUUUGGUACCUGCAUCAAAACUCAAAAAGCAUGUGCUAUCCAUUGGGAAUGCUAACGCGUUUGAUUGGACUGCUAAGGAAGCUAGCUUCUGAAAAUCUUAUCUCGGUAGUGUUGGUAAAUCUCAAAAUAGCUUCGUCCGAUUCAUAUGCCCUGGGCGGCGGCUCGAAGAGAAUAAUCAACCAGAGAGAAUCUAGUGCGUAUCCAGCAUUGGGACGCUUUUGGGAGACGGCGCCUACAACCAGAAUACUGAUGAGCAAAAUCGAGGGAAACGAUACUGGACAGGAGAGGCUAUUAACGAUCUGGAAGUGCAGCUUUCUAAAAUGCGGCGAUCGACAAAUGGUAACACUGACUGAUGCAGGUGUUGUUUAGUUAGCCGUUUUUUCGAUUAAA